AUGAACAUAUGUAAUCUCUGCUCUGUCCAGAGCGAAGGGGGUGCAGUGGCAAACUGCACACUGUCACGCAAGCAGGGCCAGGGCAAUGAGACCUGGCUUGGUUCUCGCUCAGGCCAACCAAGACUAAGCCACCUGGAUGGCAAUCUGGUCAAUCUAGGAGAUUCGUUUGAUUUCAUGUCGCACUUACGCGGAGGGCAGUCCAUGUGCAAAAUCGGUUCUCUACGGUUCACUAAAUCUCGUUCCAAGGUGGGGAAGAUUGAGGACCAAUGGACAUCAUUACUAGGCUCCUUGAACGCUACCUUUCUAACCAACUUGUCCUAG